UAAAAAAAACACAACUAGUUUUAAUUAUAAGCAUCUACAAACACUAAAAAUAAAGUGUUUUUUUUUUUUUCAAAAAUCUAAACAGAACGGAGUUUUAUAUUGUGAUUAUGCCAAGAAAUCUCGAAAACUAGGCCAGUAAAAAAGACUCAAGGUGGAGCAAUGGCAGAGCCUAGUUCGCCCAUGCAAAAUUUGUGGAAGCCUGAGCUGUAUAAAAUACAGUUAGAGGCUCCUACACCAAAGCCCUUAUCUUGCCUAAAAAUUUUAACAGAGUACGAGAGAAAGCCGAGUUUCUAUGGUAAUGAGUACCACGGGCGAAUGGGGCACUUGGAAGCCGAAGAUUUGUUAAAUAAUAAAGCAGAUGGUACAUUCUUGCUUCGGCGCAGUCCCUCUGCUCGUGAUUAUUAUACAUUAAGUUUGCGUUUUGAUGAACGCACCAAACAUUUUAAAAUAUACUAUAAAUUUGGACAUGGACAUUAUUUGCAAGAACAAUCCAAACGUUUUGAAUCUAUACACGAUUUGGUAGCGGAUGGCCUUGUAAAUUUUUAUAUGCAACAACAUGCUGCCCCCAUUAUUCAAGAAAUUAACCAGCAAACUGGAAAUUCGUAUCAUCAAAGUCCGUAUAUGACACUAAAUCGUAGAAAAUUGCGCGCACUUUCAAAUGAAUUACGCAAAUCUAUUGCCAAUAAAUUCGAUGGGCUGGACGACUCUGAAAUAAAAGCUGUUACUGAGGAAAACGAUUUGUCAUCAAACAAAAAUAUGGAAAACGCAACUAAGAUGAAAGAAAAUGAUGCCGACUCUAUCUUGCCAUUCAUUUAUGAGAAAGUUCACGCUUUUAAAGUCCAUACAUUUAAAGGACUAAACUGGUGUGAAGUUUGCGCCAAUUUUUUAUGGGGCUUCACCGCGCAAGGCGUUAAAUGUGAUGAUUGCGGAAUAAUAGCUCAUUCUAAAUGCUCGGAAUUGGUACCUGCCAAAUGUAUACCAGAUCUUAAACGUAUACGUGGCGUUUUUGGCACAGACCUAACAACAGUCGUUCAGUUGUAUCAAUGUUCCAUUCCCUUCGUAGUACAACGAUGUGUAGAAGAAGUUGAAGCACGGGGAAUGCUUCAGGAGGGAAUAUACAGGGUUUCAGGGUUUGCCGAUGAAAUAGAUGCACUUAAAUUAGCGUUAGAUAGGGAUGGGGAAAAAACGGAUAUGUCAGAAACAGCUUAUGGGAAUAUAAAUGUAAUAGCAGGCACUUUAAAAUUAUAUUUGCGCUUAUUGCCAGUACCGUUGAUCACAUUUCAAGCUUAUCCAAAUUUUAUGGACGCUGCAAGAACGUUCAAUAAAGAUGAUCAAGUGAAAGAAAUGAGCGAGGCUGUCAAAAAGCUACCGUUAGCACAUUUCAACUGCCUCAAAUACAUGAUGGAACAUCUGAAACGGGUUGCUUCGCAUUACGCUGCCAAUAAAAUGAAUGAACAUAAUUUAGCGACUGUAUUUGCACCGACAUUGAUUGCCACUCCUCAGCACUUGACGAAUUUGACAGAGGAAAUAUUUAUGCUGUCAUGCCUAAUAACCAACUGCUCCCAUAUUUUUUAUUAGUAUUUAUGAGCAUUCACAUUAAAAAUUGUCUUGUCAUUGUGUCACACGUCCUCCCUGCAUUCGAUAUUAACACCAAAGUAUUCAUAAAAAUCUCGCCCUGUCACCACCCUCCGAAUUAGUUUAGGCAAAUGGAUCUUUGAAAUAUCAAGUUUUUUAUACAUAUUUUUCUAUUGAAUUAUACAACAAAAAUAUAUAUUUACAAAAUCG